UUUAUUUUUAUUUUAAAAUCCUGCUUUUGAAGGUAUGUAAUUUUGAUGAUUUUCCAAUGCAGUAGCGUCAGGCAUGGAUGAAGAUCAACACGCAAAUUCAGGUCCUUCUAACAAAUCACCAAAUCAAGUGCCCCAAAAGCAAAAAAAAAAGCCAAGAGGCCCUACAAAAGGAAUAAAAUCCAUGCCCGGGGUUCCAAGAAUAAUUGAAUGGGAUCACUUGGACCGACCCACAGGGAAAUGGGCAACGGAUUACAAGAAUCACAUUGGCGAGAUAAGUCGCGCAAAGGUUUCAAUAUUGAUCAGAACCUGGGAAGAUGUUUCACAAGGAAUAAAAGACACUUUGUGGGAAGACGUCAAGAGAGAAUUUCAUAUCACAGAUGAAACUAAGAAAGAAGUUGUCUUAAAGAGUUGUGAUAAGCGUUGGAGGGAAUUCAAAUCAAGAUUGACGACUGGUUGGAUCCGGGGUACAAGAAAAAGGCCAAAAGAUGAAAAGAUGCCAUAUGAUUUGUAUAGUUAUAUAACUAAGGAUAUAUGGAAGGAAUUUGUGAAGAUACGUACCUCCGAAGAAGCUGAGGAAAUAAGUGAGAAAGCAAGACAAAGUCAAUCAUUCAACAUAUAUCCUCAUCAUAUGGGACAGAAAUCAUAUGCUUAAAUGACAAGUGAAUGGCAGAGAAAAGGGUACAUUCCCUCAGUUUCUUCGUCAUCUGAAGGUUCCUCUGCGUCUACAAUUUCUUCAAGUUUGCCGAGUAGGACAUGUUUAUGGCUUCUUGCAAGAUCGGUACCAGAUGAGAAAGGAAAUCCUUACUUGCCGGAUCAGGGCACACAAAAGGUCAAAGAAAAUA